UAAUGUGUAACUGGAGAUCAAAAUAUGUUCACAUCAAACCCAUUAAACUUCUAUAUGUGUGUGCAUUUACCAAAACCAUAUUGUGUAGACAUCACACAUCAUUAGUUCCUUAUUCUACAGUAACCCUGACAUUUGGAAGGUGAGUACCUUUAACAUAAUAGUUAGAUUUUGAUUUUAUCAUCAAAUAAAAAAUACAUUUAAUGAAGGAGGAUCAAGAGAAUUAACCAACUAAGAAUCAAUACCUGUUUGGGACAAACCCUAAGCAGGUGUGUCCAGAUCAUAUCUCUGUUUAUCAAACAUUUGAAUGUCUAAUAUUGCUAUAAAUAGACUUUGGGAACGCAGAGAACACAACGUCUGAUGCAGCUCUGCAGAAUUCAUUGAGGAUUAACGAUUAAUCUUUAAGUUUCUCAUGUCAUCAAAUUCCUGGUUCAACACCGAAGGAUGGAAGAAUUGAACUUCAACGACGCAUCAUGUUUAAACCGCGGGAACAUGAGCCUCAACUGUACAAUGGGUGCAAUUACUUUAGAUCCUUUGUCUGUAAAAAUCUUAAACUGGAUGAAUUGGAUCAGCAUUAGCAUUGGACUUCCUCUAAUUUUUAUAGUGAUGAUUGCAAUUUUUUUUCAGGUGAAAAAGGGUCAGGAGGCUCCAGUCUAUGUCAUCAACCUCCUCAUCUCUGAUCUCAUUCAGCUCUUCUCCAGAAUUCCAGUAGAUUUAUGUAGACUCAGUCAAACUGAUUUCACAUACAUGAAAAUUGUAUAUGCUUGUAUAAAGGCCAGUGUGGGAUUCAUGGUGUGUAUCUCCUGUGAAAGGUAUCUGGUUGUUGCCAUGCCAAUGUGGUACAGAUUCAGGAGAAACAUCAAGACAUAUGUGGUGGUCUGCAUUGUGGUCUGGUUACUUCCUCUUUUUUAUCCAUUACUUGCCUAUGUGUUUAAGGAGUAUGGGAUGGCUGCACACUUCUUCAUAGCUUUUCUCCUCCUGCCCAUUCCCUUGUUCAUCUUCUUCCUGGUUGGGACUAUCAAAGCUCUCUCUGGAGCGGUCAGUGUCCCAGCAGAUGAAAAACGACGAAUCGCAGCCAUUCAGGUUGUGGUGCUGAUUAUUUAUACUCUGCUUUAUCUGCCCAUCAUCCUUUUGCUCCUGUAUGACAUUAAUGCAUUGGAAGGGGAAUUGUCCUGUAUUCCCUAUUCUGUGGGUUAUGCUGCUGGUGCUCUUAGUCCUCUUGCUGACACAACUUUGUAUGUGUUCUUUCGGAAAAGCAUCCUGGAUACGUUUCUGGCUUCCCUGAGUUGUUGUAAAAUAUCUAGCAAUUAGGA